AUGAUGCUUGGAGAGCACUCUUCCUUACCCAUUACCCACUGUGGAGCAUAUCGAGUUCAUGGUUAUCUUGACGGCACAACCAAACCAAAAGAUCCCACUGAUGCUAACUGGGACAAUCUUGACAACCUUGUCAAAUCUUGGCUUGAUCAUACCAUGAGCCAAUCUCUUCUCACCAUGAUCCUUAAACCACAGCCAACCACCAACUCCGUCUGGGAUACCCUUGAUGCUCUGUUCCGCGACAACAAUUACUCAAGCGCCAUAGAACUCGACAAUGAGCUUCGUUCUCUUGUUCAAGGUGAUCGCGCAAUUACUGAUUAUUGUCAAAAGAUGAAGGCCAUCUCGGAUUUACUUGCAAACAUAGAUGGCCCGGUCCCGGAGAAAACCCUUGUCACCUACAUGCUCAAUGGUCUCUCACCGAAUUUCGAGAAUAUCUACAUGCUCAUUCGUCACAAAGAACUGUUUCCUAGCUUUCUUGAGGCACGUUCCACCCUUGUUUCCAAAGAGUUUCGUGUCAAUCGACCACCGGCUACAUCUCCUAGUCACUAUGAUCAUGGCUCAUCACCAUUUUUUCUUCUUGCCAACAGCAACAACACCAACUGGAAUCACAGCAACAACAGCAACCGACGCCCCUACAACAAUCGGCCCUCUUCCAAUCGCCGCCCCAAUGACGCCUCCAACAACCACUGA